AUGGCGUCCGACAUGCCGAUCCCAGUCCCGCCGCGGACGCCUACUCCCCCUCCUGAGGAUCAACGGCCAGUUGGCUUGGGACUACCGGACGACCAGCUGGAUCGCGAUGCCCUGUCGCCCAUGUCUGCCACUUUCCCAUCCCAGAGCUUGAGCCCCUCGUCCGCCAAUCUCAGCCCGCACACGCCCAAUUCCGCAUACUACACGCCACAGAUGACGGCCAAUUCCGAGGUCUCUACCCCGCAGACGGCCUCGUCUGAAGCGCCGAGGAACCCGUUCAACUUCCAGCCGCAGCAGUAUGUCGUGGGCAAGCCGCCCGCGAAGUCGGAUAUUGGCCGGCGUCGUGGCCACAAAUACAAGCAUAGCAGCAUCUCGCACCAGAUAUUCCUCGAGCCCGCACCCCGCGCACCUUUACAGGUCCCCGCAUCGCUGCCUUUACCCAAUUGGUCUGAGAUUCGGAGUAGCAUGACGACUGAACAAAAGAUGCGCAGCCUGUGGUGUGUCUGCCACCUGCUCAUCGGCGGCUACGUCAAAUACAGCGCACAGGGUUCGACCGCCAUGACGGCGCUGUCGCAUUUGAUGUUUUACGACUUUGUGGGCGCAACGGUAUGCUGCAUUGCCGAUAUUGGCAGUAAUUUUGAAUGCUGGAGACGGACAAGUUUGAAACGACCAUUUGGAUUUGAACGUUUCGAAGUACUGACCGGCCUUGCUAUGGCUGUGAUUCUUAUAUUUACUGGAUUCGACCUGGUGAGCCACAAUCUCCAGCACGCGUUGGAGAACAGUGGCGGCCACGAGUCGCAUCAUCCACACGCACACGAGCGUGUCUCGGCAGGCAGUGUUGACACUGCCGCUCUCGCGGCAAUCGUUGCCACGCUGAUCUCGGCCAUUGGCCUGAAGAACCAUGCCCGCAUCAGCAAAGUGCUCCGCUUUGCCUACCUGGAUUCGCUCCCGUCGGUGCUUAGUAACCCUUCGCAUUUCCUAACCUUGUCAUGCUCCACUCUGCUUCUGCUGCUUCCCCUCCUAUCGAUUGAGAUGUACAUCUGGUUGGAUCGGUCCAUCACGGCCUUCAUUGCCAUUUCCAUGAUGUUGCUGGGCUGGCGCCUCGGUUGGACACUGGGCCGUAUAUUGAUGAUGUCUUACUCCGGACCGGGAUUGGAGAGCCUGCUGCGGAUGAUUGAAGCAGACCCUGCGGUGUCGUCGAUUGAAGAUGCAAAGGUGUGGCAGGUUCACUACGGGCUGUGCCAGGCCAACUUCAAGCUGCGGGUGCGCAGCCUCGACGACAUGGCCAAGCUGCGAGACCGUGUGCAGAGUCUUGUGCGCAACAAGCUCGCAGGCGGCUACGGCCGUGGCGGCGAGAAGUGGGAAGUCAGCACCCAACUCACCUUGGACAAGGACUGA